UAACGUCUUCGUGUGUCGCUGUUCUCUGCGUGCGCUAGUGGAGAAAAAGGAAAACUUUCGCGUAAAUAAAUAACUGCGGUUUUCGGGACGAAUUUUGCGUGUUUUUCCGCCGGAAAUCUGCACCAACCGAUCGCCGGACGGUCGGUCGCUAUGGAAUACGUCGGAGGAAGUUGGAUUCAGUGCGGGAACCGUGCCCAAAAGUGUUUUUCCGAGAGAUUUUUUACCUUCGAAAAGGAGUAGCAAGCAGCCGAAAAACCGAAAGGUGUGUGUGAGUGAGUGAGAAAGGAACGGACGGAAGGAGGAGAAAGCGGGAAGGUCGCCGCCUGCAGCGCGCCCCCUCAUCGACAAACAGGAGCAGUUUAAAAAAUUUACUUUUCGGGUGGCUGCGAUCAGAGUGAGAAAAAGCACCUUGGACUGGAUAUCGAAGUCGGAAUCGGACGGGAAAAGUGCGUAUGAAAGUGCAGCAGCAGCAGCAGGCGCUGUCAUUCACUCCGUUUCUGUUUUCAUCGGGGCAAACAAGAGUUUAAAUAAUCUAACAGCAUAAACCACCUAUACCUACUUGGAUUGCUACAGCACUAUUGGUAGUCCGCCACCAUGUCCAAGUGGGGCAAAGCACACGGGCUGAUCGUUCCGAUCGAUUCCCUUCUGAAGGAGAAGGAGAACACCAAUCGACCGGCUCCCCUUCGUUCUGCCGGGCUGGUGGGCCGCUGGGGAAUAACCAGCUUCACCUCGAUUCGCAAUACCAGCUAUGAAUUUGAAAGCACCAGCCCGAAGGAAUCGGACGACCUCAACUGCCCGUCGAGCGUGGCGAGUUUGUCAACGCAGGUCCCCAACCCGAUCAAGCCGAAAAAGUUCUUCAAAAGUCGCAAUACGCUUCCGCCGGUGGUGGCCACCCCGGAUCCGCAUCGGGAUUCGUCCAGCUAUGGUAGCCCGCGUCAGCAGAAAUCCGUUCUCCUUCACCAGGCGGCACAACUGCAGGCCCGCAUCGCUCAGGAUGCCGGCGGAAGCCCGCCUUACGUUCCGGCGGGUUAUUACCAACCUUUGGGCGCUUCGACAUCCACGGAAGGUAAAGGCUCCGGUAAGAAAAAAUCCAAGAAGAAAAAACAAAAGCAAUCUGAAUCAGAAGUCCCCGGAGAAGAACAAACGGAACAAUCUUCCUCUGCCAAAAAGGAAAAAUCCGAAUCAAAAAAGGAAAAGAAACAGAAGAAAGUCAAGAAGGAGGUGGAAUUGCCACCGGAGUUACCCAAACGGAACUCGUCUCGAAUUAGAAACAAAGUGGUUAACUAUAACGAAGAUGACGACAGUUUCGAUAUGAUCCCAUACCGCGACGAAGUGUCGAGAACUCCACCGGUAUCCAAGUUGGCACUGGAGCCGGCUCCGGUGCCUGAAGUGCCCGAACAAGAACCGGUGGAGGAACCAGCAGCGGCGGAUGAUGAACCAGUUGAAGAAGAAAACGAUGAGGAAGAAGAAAACGAUGAGGAAGAAGAGGAAGUGAGCCAAGAAGAACCUGUACAGGCGCCGGCGCCUGUCGAGUGUGUUUCGAAAAGCUCGGGAGUGGUGGUGCCAGUGGUGACACCUGCGGGUUUGGCUAGUCCUACCAAGUCUAGCAGUGGUGGUGGUGGUGGUGGUAGCGGAACGGAAGAUCGCGUCAGAACCAGGGAACACAAGGAAAUGAAAACGAUUCCCGUGCCGUUGUCGUCCCCUUCGGUGGCUGAACACCCGCCAAUUGUGCUGCGGAUAUCUAAGGGCACCUCCCGACUCAUAAGCACCGAUAGUGAAGAUGUCCACUCGCCACCCCACGGUUCAGCAGUGCAACCUUCGGUAGCACCCGCUGCCUCUCAACAACCAACCCCGCCAGCCUCGCAAGAAUCCGAACCACCACCAGCGCCUAUUACAGAACCCGCUGUCAAUCCGGUCCCCUCGGCCUCGGCCACAUUCUUCACUGGACUAACUCCCCCGGAGGAGGAACCCAAGAAGGACGACUUGAAAAUCAAAAUCACCCUCAGUAAAGGUCUCAUCAGCAACGGAAGCAGUAAGCACAAAAAAGAAAGCAAGAAAGAACUGAGGCACUUCAAGAAGCGAGCAAUCGCCAGGGAGAAAGGAGGGAGCAGCAAGCGCGCCAAACGAGGUGACGGAGGCGAUACCCAGGAGGAAGACGACGAACGAAGGGACGAAGAACUGCUCGGCGGAGUUGCGGAAGAUCUCCGAGUAGUGGAUCCGAUCGUGCUGCCGAACAUAAGGCCACAGUUUCCACUUCCGGGAACGGAUGCGUACGAAUUGUACAGGACACUAGCAUCUCCCUCUGGUGGGGACGACUUUGACUCGCAGAGCUCGAUUCUAGGAAGCGCUUCGUCGAAUAAUACCCCGAAACACGUCGGUCUAGCAGCGGCCGAUGAUUGCCGAAUCAUUCACAGUAGAGGAUCGAGUGAUUGUGGAAGUGACUUGGAACUGUCGCAGAACAGUUCAACGGCUGCAGCACCUCCCUCGGAAAUCAAUUUCGAAAGCGAAAAUACCCAAGACAACAAGGAGGAGGAAGCGAAAGAACCGGUGAAACCAGUAGAAGAGAAAAAAGAGCCACCAAAAGAGGAACGAGUUGAAGUACUGAAGUUGAGCUUGAAGGGAACCAGAUCAACGAGAACGACUCGAAGUAAAAUGAAGAACACUGCCCAUGUUGAAGUGAUUUCCAAACCGGAACCAGUGCCGGUUCCGGCUGCAAUAAGUUCUCCCGAGCCUGCGGUUAAGAAGUUUGGUCGGGCCACUCGAAAUCGUAACAAUAACAACAAUGUGGUGGUUCCGGAAGUUGAACCGGUGAAGGAAAUAGAACCGGAGCCAGAACCAAUGCGAGAACCUUCUCCCCCUCCAGCUCCAGUUCUGAAAGCUGCCACCCGCCAAUACAGUCGGCGGAAAAAGAACGUCGUUCCACCUGACUACCAGCAUGAUCUGUUGACCAGUCCCAAACGACCCGCAUUGGAGCCCAUCGAUUCCCCUCCGCCUUUUACGCUGUCCUCGGAAACCGAAUCCGCCUUGGCAUCGAUGAAAUCGCCACGAUCUUUGGCACCUGCCACAGGACUAGAUCUCACCACCAACUCCAGCCGAUCGGAACCGGUUCCAGUGGUUGGACCCUUUCAUGACGAGAACAAGCCUGAACCAACAGAGUACAAAAUUAAGAACAAGUUCAAAAGGUCCUACUUCCGCAGCGAGGAAUUGGCCAAACAACAGCAGCUCCAAGAAAGCAGACCCCUUGCAGAGACCUCCGGAAAUAAUACGAUACCUUCGGCGGCACCUGCUAGCGCUCUGACAGUUCCUCCCAUUACCAUUCCAAUUGGCUUGUCCAACAGCAGUAGUCAUCAGUCGUCCACCACACCGGACCAGCAACAACCAGUCAAGCUGGUGAUCUCCAAGAAAAAAGGCAGCAUUUUCAAGAGUCGUCCACUUACCGGAAGUGCCGAAGCAGCGGAUAAGAAACGACACGUCUACAAGCACAAAUGGGACGACGACGAUGAUGAUGGGAAGGAAAAAAGUGCUAUGGCGGAAGCUGACACGGAGACACAACCCACCACCUUCGAAGGAGAACCUUCUGGACUUUCAAGGGUCACGAGGAUGCGAAGUACCGGAGAAGCUGGUAGCGACUUCGACGACGAGUUUGAUUUCGACACCAAACUUAAGUGCGACCGAGACUCCAAACCUUUCUACACCGUUGUGCGGAAUGUGAAGAAAGCCCAUCAAAUUCAAGAAAUUGGCGAGUCCCAGGAAAUGGACGACGACGUGGAAUACAUCCUGUCAGCUCUCCAACCAGACAAUCCAAAUGCGACGCGAUGUCUAUCGGCAAUGACCCUCGCAACGAAAUGCAUGACGCCGGCCUUCCGAAUGCAUGUGCGAGCCCACGGUGUCGUAACACGGUUCUUCAAAGCUCUCCGAGACUCCCAUACGGAUCAAAGCCUAGGGCUCUGCACGGCCACCAUCAUGUUUGUUUUGUCGCAGGACACCCUCAAUAUGGAUCUCGAUCGUGACUCGCUGGAGCUGAUGUUGAACCUGCUGGACACAGAUCACCGCUCCGGAUCCGAUGGAGGCCUCAGUAAAGGUCAACUCGAAAAGAACCAACAGAAGGUUCGAGAGCUUUGCGAAGAAAUCAAAAACUCAGGCAAGGCGAAGCACAUGGAUCUGGACAACAUUACCACGGGGUCGCUUGCCAUGGAGUCCCUCCUUUCGCUAACCUCCAAACGAGCCGGGGAGUGGUUCAAGGACGAACUUCGAAAUCUCGGAGGACUGGAACAUCUCAUCAAAACGGUUUCCGACUGCUGUCGGCAGAUAUCCGACUACGUGAUCGAAUGGACUGAUGAUCUGCUGUCGAAGCUGCAGAAGAUCGAACGGUGUCUGCGGGUGCUGGAGAACGUGACCAUUCUGAAUGAGGAAAACCAGAGCUACAUCCUUAACUACAACAACGGCAGCAUGAUCACCACGUUGGUAAAGCUUCUUAAGCUGAUCGAUGGCGAAGUGGUGCUGUAUCCUACCAACGAGCGAACGCCUAAAGACGACCGGGGAGUGGUGCUGAGGGAGAUGAUAAUUCCAGUGCUGAAGCUGUUCAUCACUUUGACGCAUCCGUUCAAUGAGACAGCUUACGGUGCCAGCGUGAUCGGAUCGCAACCACACGUGAUCGCCACCUCCCUACAUCUGCUACUGCGGCUGGGUGACUACGUGCCGCAGAAAUUCAUCUUCGAAAUGAACAUUCUGGUACUGCUGUUCCUGAUCAACCUGGCCAUCUACACCCAGGCCAAUCGGCAGCAUCUGAUGACAGCCCGGGCUCCGGACGAUUUUGGAUCAACGACAGCUGAAAGUGGUCGGAUAACCCGUGGGGCGAAAACAUCAGGCCAUCAGGAAAUGGCCAUCCAGGCACUGGUGGAUUACUUUUACCGACAGGACGAAUUGGCAAGGUACGCCGAGAAAAAUACGGACGCCAUCCUGGAUGCUAAAUCGAAGAAGAACGAAGAUAUCGAAGAAACUGUUACCAAAUUGCUCCAAAAGGCGGGUUACCACAUGGAGCACACACUGAUGGCCAGUUACGUGGCUCUGCUGAUCGGGUGGCUCGUGAAGGGCUGCGAAGAGUACGAGAACACCGUUCGAUCCUACCUGAAGGACAAUAACUUUGUGAUGAUGGUUAGCUCACUGGAAAAGUACUACAACUUCCUCAAUCUGACCGCCAACUCGGACGCCCUCAGUCUUCAGCACGUUCGGCAAACCAAGAACAUCAUCGACAAUCUAAAGCGACUGGACUCGGCCGAUCGGCAACAGCAACCGGAAGCUUCCACCAGCAGUCAGCAAUCGUUAACCACUGCUUCCUCAUCCGCAUCCACCACCACAACUACCCCGCACCGUUAUGGAUCUCGGUCAUCGACCAGGGCACACUACUGAUAAAAGCGGACCCUCGACGGAGCCGUUAACAGCAUCAUCUCCGGUAAGGUUUCGGGCGAACUAUAGUUUUACUCUAGAGCUGCGCGUUUCUCAUCUCUUCUUGUAAUUCGUAACUGUAUCAAAAUUUGCUGUCCGUUCAUUAGGAUUGGUUUAUAUUUUAACUUGCUUAACAUGCCCAUUCUUACUAGGAAAACGGCUCUCUUUUCGUUCUCUUUGGUGUGAAACCAAGCAGAGGAACGGAAGGGUAAAUUUUGUAAAUUAUAUUGCUUUUAACACAAAGCCUCGUAUCUUAAGAUUCACUGACUUGUAUAGAUGGGAUAGAAUGUCCGAACCAAAAUCUGCAAAGAACGCAAUCUCUCCAACAAAUGGGAGGUUGCUCUCUUCUUUGCUUGAUGGAAAUACGCUCGAAAGUUGCGUAUUUCCGUUUUUAAUUUGAAUAUUUAAUUGUAAAUUUUUCAGUUUUCGCGUCCUUUCAUUAGCUGGUUAAGAACCUUCGUAAUAAAUUGUCUAAGCCCAACUACUUGUAUAAGAAUAGAUUCUCUUCAUAGUUGUUACAUUUGAAAGCACUUAAAACACCUAACUGUGCGUGAGUGAGCCUCUAUAUAUCCGUUGUCUCGGUGUGCGUCUGUUCUUUUGUAUGUAUGAGCUCGAGCAAACAAAAAAGAGAAGAUUCUGUUCGUCUCUAAUGCUAAUCUGAAAUUAGUCGUAGCGAAAAACAACAAAACCUUAGAUUAUAAAUGAAACACAUUUAAUUAGAUGUUAACUAGGACGAACCCAAAACAAACCACGAAAAAAUGAGACCAGGAAAAGGCGCAGCAAAUUUCGUCCUUCCAAUUUAUGGACAGCUGGAACCGAUUUGGGAGUCAACAAUCAACAUAAUAUUGAGUAAGAUUGAUGAGUUGAACAUGAAUUCGUGGACGGAAGUAAGCAUUAAUAGAGUAUUAGUAGAAUCCCGAAGAAGAAACGAGCAGAACAAGCGCGUGUGUACAUAAACUAGUGAGAUCUAAUGGUAAUGUAUAUUGUUUAAAUUAUUAAGAUGCAUACAGAAACACAAAGAGGCAAAGAGGAACAAUCUUUGUGAAAGAAAUACUUUUUAAUAAAACUCUUUGGAAAUUUA